AUGAAGGUUCAUUGCAUAUGCUUGUUACUUUUUCUUCACAUGGUCAAUGCUGAUUUCUAUGCUUUAUUGAUGAUCCAAAGAACAGCUUCUACUAAGGAUAUUAGAAAAGCUUUUAAAAAAUUAGCAAUAUCAAUGCAUCCAGAUAAAAAUCAGGAUGAUCCUGAAGCCCAUGAAAAGUUCAUUAAAAUCAACCGUGCUUAUGAAGUAUUAAAAGAUGAUACAUUACGUAAGAAGUAUGAUACAUAUGGUGAAGCUGGAUUGAAAAAUGAUUUUCAACGUGGUAGGCAUUAUGAAAGCUGGCAAUGGUAUCAAGAUAAUUUUGGUAUUUAUGAUGAUGACCCUGAAAUUAUUACAUUAACUAAAGUUGAUUUUGAACAAUCUGUAGAAGGUACUGAUGAUAUAUGGUUUAUUAAUUUCUAUUCUCCACAGUGUUCACAUUGUCAUGAUCUAGCUCCAGAUUGGAGAAGACUGGCUAAAGAACUAGAAGGUGUAAUACGUAUUGGAGCUGUUAAUUGUGGUGAUGAAUGGCAGUUAUGUCGUAUGCAGGGAAUACGAUCGUAUCCAUCUUUAGUGAUGUAUCCAGAGGGAGAAAAAUAUUAUGGUGAUAGAUCAGUAUCAACUCUAGUUGAUUAUGCUAUGAAGCAUGUUAAAAUCAGCCAUGUUGAACUAUGGUCUGGUAACUAUAAUGAUGUAAUGAAUCGUGAUAAUGAAGGGAAAAAGUUACCUUGGUUUGUGACAUUCUGUGGUGAUGGAGGAGAUUGUUUAGAAAGAAUGGCUUGCAUGAAACUUGCUUCAAUGCUGGAAGAAUUAGUCCAAGUAGUACAUGUUGAUUGUUAUACUAACGAAGAUAUCUGUGAUAAUCUAGGCAAAAGAUUUGGUACUUAUUUUUAUUUAGAUGGUGAAAUAGAAAAAAAGACAGGAAUGGAAAUAACAUCACUGGAUGUUCAAGAAGUAGCUACUAUUAUAUUAAAACAAUUACCUGAUAUGGAAAAUAUUGAUGAGAAAACGUUAAAGGCAAUAUUAGAUAAUAAAAACAAUGGACAAAAAGAAGACUGGUUAAUCCAAUUUGUUGAUACAGAAGAGACUGGCAGUUUAGAUCUACGUAAAUUACCAGCAAUGUUGGUAGACUUUAAUGUUGGUAGAGUUACCUGUAAAGAGUUAUCUUCUCUUUGUGAAACUCUUCAUUUAAAUAAAUUUCCUACUUUCAUAUUAUUUAAACAAACUGGUGGUUUUGAAACUUUUUACGGUAGAGUUACUGCUCAUGAUAUAACUGCUUUUGCUGAAGAUAGUGCUACAUCACCAUUAGAGAAUCUUGGACCAGGUGAUUUUCCAAAUAGAGUAGUUCUUAGUCAAGAUAAUUGGUUUGUUGAUUUCUUUGCACCAUGGUGUCCACCCUGCAUGAAAUUACUACCAGAGUUUAAGAGAGCUGCUAAAGACUUUGGUGAAAAUGUACAUUUUGGUACAGUUGAUUGUACAGUGCAUGAUCAACUCUGUAAAAACUAUAACAUUAGAUCCUAUCCAACAACUAUAUUUUACAACCAGAGUAAACCUAUACAUUAUAAAGGACAUCAUCAUGCUGCAUCAAUGGUGGAAUUUUUACAGGAUACAAUGGAUCCACCAGUUAUUAUAUUAGAUAGAGAAUCAUUCAAUGAACAUGUUAAAAAUAAACAAUCAGAUGAAAUAUGGUUAGUGGACUAUUUUGCUCCAUGGUGUGGUCCUUGUAUGCAGUUAGCUCCGGAAUGGAGAAAAUUAUCCAAGAUGUUUAAAGGAUCUAAGAGUGUAUUUGUAGCCGAAGUAGAUUGUCAAGAAUAUCAUGAUAUUUGUCAACAGGAACAUGUUCAAUCCUAUCCAACUAUGAGACUAUAUCCAACACAAACUACCAAUACCCAAAGAUAUCAUAUGUAUAAUGGAUGGCACCGUGAUGCCUCAUCAUUACGAGCCUGGGUAUAUGAAUAUCUACCAUCAAAAGUUGUAACAUUGUCUAGAAACAGUUUUCGGGAAAAAGUUUUAAAGAGUGCUGAACCAUGGAUAAUUGAUUUUUAUGCCCCUUGGUGUGGUCACUGUCAAAUAUUUAAACCUGAAUUUGAAAGGGUAGCAGAGAAUUUAGAGGAUGUGGCCAAAGCAGGAAAAGUGGAUUGCACCAAACAUCAACAGUUAUGCCAAGAAGCCAGUAUCCAUGGAUACCCAACUGUAAGAUUCUAUAAAGGUCGAACUGGUUCUUCUGAUAUGCAGAAUUCAAAUGGUUGGGAUAUUAAUAGUCAAGAUGGGGAUUUUAUUAUAGAUUAUGUUCUCACUAACAAACGCAACAAGCAAGUGAAAGAUGAGUUAUAA